UUGUAAAUCUUUAUCGGUUUUGCUUUAAUAUUUGCUGUAAAUGAGACGUUUAUCCCGCGUGUGUGUUAGUUAAUCUGAGCAGAUUGUAAGUGUGACCUUGUGUUGUGUCGCUGCUGAGGGACCUUCAGUUCACUGCUCACUUCUGCGUGUCUUCAACACUAAUAUCAUUUAUCUUUAACUUCUACACUGUUCUGUUUACUGAACAUAAAGCUAUUCGUCUUUAAACGUCUUCAAAAAUUUUGAAAGAUGGCUGGGCGACGUGCUGCGGUUAAGGCUAUUGACUGGCUGGCCUUCGCUGAGAGGGUUCCACCUAACCAGAGGACCAUGUUCAACAACCUGAAGACUCGCAGCGAUGCCAUCGCUGCUAAACUCGCCUCGCUGCCAGAGAAGCCGACCACCAUCGACUGGAGCUAUUACAGAAAGACGAUAGCUAAAGCAGGCAUGGUGGAUGAGUUUGAGAAGAAGUUUGCUGCUUUGACAGUUCCUGAGCCUGUGGACACCCAGACAGCUAAGAUAAACACACAGGAGCAGGAGGCUAACAAAAGUGCUGCAGCCUAUAUUGAAGCAUCCAAGGCUCGUAUUUCCCAGUAUGAAAAAGAGCUUGAGAAGUUCAGGAACAUGAUUCCCUUUGACCAGAUGACCAUUGAAGACCUCAAUGAAGCUUUCCCUGAGACCAAGCUGGACAAGGAGAAACAUCCAUACUGGCCACACAAGCCUAUUGCUGAAUUGUAAUUGUAAAGAUCAAUUGUUUAUAAGUUAAUAAAACAUUAAAUUCUGAAUUAAAUUGCUUGGUUCAGUGUGUAAAAAUGAAAGGGUUAUGUUGACUGCUUCAGUGCUGUUCUGUAUCAGGCUAAAUAUAUAAAAUAAAUCAUUUAAGUUUU